AUGACCCUGGACCCCACCCCACCCACUACUACCUUUACGAAACACCCUCAUUAUCCAUACUCACCGGCAGCAUCUAUCGCAUCCACCGCCUCUUCAUCCAAUUCGUCCGUUUGGUCUGUGGCAACCGCUUCCUCGAAUGCCACAUCUAUUGCAUCUAGUACUACCACGGAUGGACUUACUGCACCAAACACUGCUAUCAUUACACCUCUUCCUACACGAAGUACUUGGCCCAAGAGUUCUCAUCCUGUCGCCAGGAACCAAACAAGUAUCAAAACAAGCGAUGGAUCACAGCGUCAUCCUCACCCGCCCCCGGUUCCCACUCCUGCGGAGAUUGUACCAAUUGAACAGAGGCAAAACCCACGCAGGACCAAUCGCCUAGUAGAGAGUGUGAAUGCAACGGGGUGUCCCGUGGAUGGUACAUGUCCUCUUCCGCCUGUUCCGAGUCUCCAGCGCCAAGCUGAUCGAAAGGUUAAUUUUGUCGAUAAUCUUGUUGACUCUGCUGCCCAGAUAGUUGAGACUAUAUGGCCGCCUCCAAGACUUGGAGCUUGCGCGGCUGCUUCAAAAGACAAAGUAUUGCCGUUGCGGACUUUUAUACAAGAGACGCUUCGGAGAUCUAGGACUAGUUAUUCAACUUUACAGGUUGCAUUAUAUUAUCUCAUUGUUAUCCGGCCUCAUCUUCCCCCACGCGACUGCGAUAUCAAUAGUAUGCCCCUCGAUGAGGCGCAGUUGAUACGCGCAAAGCAAUGUGGAAGAAGAAUGUUCCUGGCUGCUUUGAUUCUAGCAUCGAAAUAUCUUCAAGAUCGCAAUUACUCGGCCCGUGCAUGGAGUAAAAUAUCUGGAUUGAAUACGCUAGAGAUAAACAUCAACGAAAUGGCCUUUUUGGAUGCAGUCAAUUGGAAACUUCAUAUAUCUGAAACAGUUUUCCAAAAAUGGACGGAUCUUGUACUAAAGUAUACGUCAGACCACACACCGACAUCGAUGUCUCUUUUGAAUGCAUCCCCAUGGGUUGAUGAAGAGGAAAGAAAAAAGGAAUGGUGUGGAUUAAUUCUAACACUUACCCCGGAUUUGACUGAAGUCGAAUCUCCUUCUGGAGGACUAAAGCAUUGCUCGGGGGAUGAAGUUGCUAUGGAAUCUUUUGAUAGGGCAAUGGCAGCACCGCAGUCAUCAGUUCAACCGUCACAUCGGUCAUCGUCGUUGGCACAAUCCUCUAGUCUCGAUACCCCUGCAGCGGGUCUUGUUUCUGGAAAUGGAAUGGCGCCGCCGAUAGCUACUGUUGUGGCCGGUGGUGCUAUGGCUGCUAUGGCAUCUGUUGCCAAUGUUGCGCAUAGUAACAUGAUUUCUGGUUCUCAGGAGAAUUGGUCAUUUAUCACCCGGAGAGGACCUGGGGCGCCACCCAUUGUGGGUGCAUGUCCAUCUCCACGCCGGAAAUCUUCUCUCUCGCACAUGAUUAAGGCUUCAUCACCAGCUCCAGGAUCUCCCAAUGGACAGUUCUUGAGAUCAACUUCAAUUUGUCCUCUUUCAUCUCGCAAGUCACCUAUGUUUGGUUCCAAGAGGCAGAACAGUGAAUUUAAAACUGGCAGCCCUCGAUUGAAUGAAUAUAGACCAUGUGCUUCUCCAAGCUCUCGCGACGCGGCUAUGAGCUUGAACAUGCUAAAGGAAGGUUCCUCGCCUUGUUCUACUGGCAGUACUACACCAACAAGCUUCCCUACUUUGAGCCGGAAGCGCAGUUAUGUCGCAAGCUCACUGGUCUCCGCUGCUGCUGAGGGACAUACUAGUGUUACCCCGAAAUUUAGCUCUCUGUCUGGAUUCGCCUCACCUGCCACUGGCAUGGUAGCUAGUCCAAACAUGGACAGAAGCAAAAGAUUGAGGUGCGCAGUAGCUGGAGGAAAGUUAGGAAUUAUGGAGGGAAUUCCAGUUUCCCAAAACGUCCGAUAG